AUGGAGAUUUUGUGGAUUAGGAAAAAUUAUAUGGCGAAAUCGAUAGAAGCAAAAAAAAAGAUUGGAAAGCUUUGCCUUUUAACGCCUUCCGUGAACGCGGCUGCAAGCGCGACGAUAGGUUUUCAUUUUGAAUGCCCUUUCUGCUUUAUCCCGAGAAAGAUUCACGCUUGCGAUUAUGGUGUUUCGUGGUUGAUUCGAGAAGAUGGACUGCUCGAGAAAGUCCCCAUUUCGGACACAGUUGCAAAAUUCCCGAAUACUCCGAUAGCCUACCGCAUUUCUACAACUGGCACCACUGGAAAGCCGAAACAAAUCGACGUACCCUGGACAGCCAUCAUGCCAAACAUUGUCGAUUUUCGUGACAAAUUCGGCGUGACUAGAGAGGAUCGAGUUCUCUUUUCGACUUCAUUUCAAUUUGACCCCUCAAUCAUCGAGCUUUUCCUGCCGGCAUUCACCGGCUCUCAAUUGAUCAUCGCAUCGGAAGCUGUUCGUUCGUCGAGCACCGCGUUUCUAACUCUUUUUGCUCAAACUCGACCUACAAUUGUUCAGUUAACACCAGCCAUUCUCACAAUUCUUGGGCAAACAGUGUUGGAUCAACUAUUCGCC